CCGCUUUCCUGCGGCGCCCGGCGAGUUGCAGGAGUAGAAUCUGAGGCGCGCGUGUCGACUUCCUCGAGCUGGAGUCGGUGUAGAAGGAACCAGACCUAAGCGAGUGUCGGCCUGUGGGUGCCUCCGCUAAGUUGCGGAGCCGGUCCAAGCAGCUUCCGCCGUGUCCCACUUCAACGCUUAGGCGCCGCGCGGCCGGGCAGCGGAUCUAGGCCUCGGCCAGCGCCCGGGGCCUCCGGGGCCCUCCCGGGCUCAGCAUGCCCGGGGUGAAGCUGACCACCCAGGCCUACUGCAAGAUGGUGCUUCAUGGAGCAAAGUACCCCCACUGCGCUGUCAAUGGACUGCUGGUGGCUGAGAAGCAGAAGCCGCGCAAGGACCACCUGCCCCUGAGCGGCCCAGGCGCCCACCACACACUCUUCGUGGACUGUAUUCCACUGUUCCACGGCACCCUGGCCCUCGCCCCCAUGCUGGAAGUGGCCCUUACCCUGAUUGAUUCAUGGUGCAAAGAUAAUAGCUAUGUGAUUGCUGGUUAUUAUCAAGCAAAUGAACGAGUAAAGGAUGCCAGUCCAAACCAGGUUGCAGAAAAGGUGGCCUCCAGAAUUGCUGAGGGCUUCAGCGAUACUGCUCUCAUCAUGGUGGACAACACUAAGUUUACGAUGGACUGUGUGGUACCCACGAUCCAUGUGUACGAACACCAUGAAAACAAAUGGCGGUGCAGAGACCCACACUAUGACUACUGUGAAGACUGGCCGGAAGCCCAGAGGAUCUCAGCGUCGCUCCUGGAUAGCAGGUCCUAUGAAACACUCGUCGAUUUCGAUAACCACCUAGAUGACAUCCGGAAUGACUGGACGAAUCCAGAGAUCAACAAAGCUGUUCUGCAUCUGUGUUAGGGAGGGAUUUCAGUGACUAGCCUCUGGGCAUUUCCACUAGGCUAAAGAAGAAAAGCUAUUUUUAAAUGUAAAUAAAAUAUCUUAUGGCCUGUGUGGAAAGCUGAGUUUUCAGAAGUGGCAUGUGCCUUGAAAGAGGGCAGAAUGUCCCAAAUGUCUUUUUAAUGCAGAGUCUCUAGCAGAGGUACGGACUGCCCAGUCUGACCAUCCUGUGGAGUUCUUUCCAGCUGUAUGUUGCCAUAAUCCUCCCAGUCAGAGCUGUUUCUGCUUGUCCAGAAUCAUUCCUAUUAAACAGUUUUAACUAA